AUGAAUGUCAGUUCAAAAUGUGAUGGUUUAUUUGUCGAUGUCAAUGAUACUCUUUACUGUUCAAUGCCUGAGCAUCAUCAAGUAGUGAAAAGAUUAUUAAGUAAUUCUAUGAUGAAUUCAAAUCGUGUUGCUGCCGGAACUGGCAUUUACGGAUCAGCCUCAAAUCAAUUCCACGGUCAACAUGGAAUUUUUGUCGAUGUAAAUUUGGAUUUAUAUGUGGCAGAUUGCGAAAAUCAUCGAGUUCAGUUGUUUCAUUCAGGAGAAUCAAAUGGCAUUACAGUAGCUGGAAGUAAAUCACUAAAUCCAACAAUUACACUUCGUUUUCCAACUGGAGUAAUAUUAGAUGCUGAGAAAUAUUUAUUCAUUGUGGAUCGGUACAAUCAUCGCAUUGUUGGUUCAGACUUGAAUGGUUUUCGAUGUUUAGUUGGAUGUUAUGGAAUGGGUUCACAAUCCAAUCAAUUGAAUAAACCAUUUAGCUUGAGUUUCGAUCAUUCUGGAAACAUGUUUGUUACUGAUCAAUCAAAUCAUCGAAUUCAAAAAUUUUUACUGAUGAAAGAUUCUUUUACUCUUCCAUUCAAUCAACCAAAGUUUUGUCCAACAGCCACUUGGAAUCCCACUGGAAUUAACUUUGCUAAUCAAUCUAUUGUUGGUCAAGAUCCUUUCGCCAUUUUUGUGAGCACAAACAAUACAAUCUAUGUUGCUAAUCAGCAAAAUAGCACAAUUAUAAUGUGGCAAGAAGAGAAUAUCAAUCUAACAAAGAUCAUUACCGGUAAUUUUACAGAACCUUGGUCUCUUUUCGUGACAACAAAUGGUGAUAUUUAUGUUGAUGAUGGUGAGAAGAAUGGUCGCGUUCAGAAAUGGAGUGUAGCAACAAAUACCUUUGCCACGGUGAUGAAUGUUAACUCAUUAUGUUCCGGUUUGUUUGUCGAUAUCGAUGAUACUCUUUACUGUUCAAUGUUUAAUCAUCAGCAAGUAGUAAAAAGAUCAUUCAAUGAUUCUAUCGUGACUCCAAACUGUGUUGCCGCAGGAACAGGUAUUGACGGAUCAGCCCCGAAUCAGCUCUAUGGUCCUGCUGGAAUUUUUGUCGAUGUGAAUUUUGAUUUAUAUGUAGCAGAUUAUUACAAUGAUCGAGUUCAGCUAUUUCAGUCAGAAGAACCAAAUGGCAUUACAGUAGCUGGAAGUGGAUCACUAAAUUCAAUAAUUACACUUGUUCGUCCAACUGGAGUAAUAUUAGAUGCGGAGAAAUAUUUAUUCAUUGUAGAUAGUAAUAAUCAUCGCAUUGUUGCAUCAGGUUUGAAUGGUUUUCGAUGUUUAGUUGGAUGUGAUGAAGAGGGUUCACAAUCAAAUCAAUUGAAUAAUCCAUAUAGUUUUAGUUUCGAUCCUUCUGGAAACAUGUUUGUGACGGAUCAAUCAAAUGAUCGCAUUCAAAAAUUUAAAUAUUUAAAAAGAUAUUGUGUCAAUACUUUCUCUGUUAUCCAAAAGACCUAUUCAUCAUCAUUGACACACAACAAUCAAAUGUAUUACCGAGAUUGUCAGAAGGAACUUUUUUAUUAUGAAUCUAUUCAAGUGAAGGUGAAUAAAAGUGGUUACUACAGUUUUCGUGGUAGUGGUGACAUUGAUCCAUAUGGAUCUAUUUACAAAAAUAAAUUUAAUCCACUUGAUCCAUCGGAGAAUUUAAUCGAUCAAGAUUAUGCCCGUUAUUCUAAUAUUCAGUUUAAAUUUGAUAUUCUUCUUAAUGUUGAUAUGAUAUACGUAUUGGUUGUGACAACAUUUGAUUCAAAAGAAACCGGAAAGUUUUUGAUCGUUGUGUUGAGUGAAAACAAAGUUAUUCUCGAGCGUCUUAGUACUCCAGUAAAUAUUCGAUUAAUAUAUUCAUCAAAAUUAACUGAUAAUAGCCCAACAUAUUAUCGAGAUUGUCAAGUACCGCAAUGUCAUUAUGAAACUCUACAAAUUCAUGUUAAUACAACGGGUCCAAAACAAAGUAGUUGUGUGAUUGGUGAUCAAUGUAACUUUUACAUCAAAGGAAUUGGUUUGACACUCGAUGAUAUUUUACGCGAUCAACUUCAACUAAAUACAGCGUUGAAUAAUCAAUCAUUUUCGAUUAAAUUAAGUGCGGGCUUAGCAAUAAUUAUGUUCAUCGCAGGAUUAAUCAAUAGUAUUCUUUCUUUUAUUACAUUUCAAAGUAAAGAUGCUCAACAAGUUGGAUGUGGAAUGUAUCUAAUAGCAUCAUCAAUUACUUCUCUUUUAACAAUUACGAUGUUCAUAAUCAAAUUCUGGUUUGUUGUUCUUACUCAUAUCAAUGUGUACACUAGUGUGUCUGUUCUUCGUGGAGGUUGUGUCUCUAUUGAACCGAUUCUAAAACUUUUUCUCUACUUGGAUGGUUGGCUUAAUGCUUGUGUAGCAGUUGAACGAGCAGUACUUAUUCUUAAAGGAGUAAACUUUGAUAAGAAAAAGAGCAAAUCUAUUGCUCGACGAACAAUUCUUAUUUUACCAUUCUGUAUUUUCGGUACACUUAUUCACGAGUUUGUCUUUCGCCGAUUGUUCGAAUAUAAAACAGCACCAGAUACGAGAUGUUUGAAAAACUUUUGUUUAAUGGAUUUAACAAAACAUCGUCAAAUACUAAAUGAAGAACUACAUCAUAUUAUUAAUGAUUAUAAUCAAUUUAAACAAAGAUUUAGUGAACAAAAACCAAAUCCACAUGAUCUUUCUUUAAUAAAUCAAAUUAAUCAAUGGGAAAUAGAUUCAAUUAUAAAAAUUCAACAAAAAGCAAGAGAUUGUAGAGAAAUUGUCAUUAACUCAUCACAAAUAUGUAUUAAUGAUAUUGAAAAGAAAUUUAAUGAUUUAAAUGAACAAAUAAAACAAAUUCACAGUGAAAAUGAAUUUAAUGAAAUUAAUUUAAAUUAUUUAAGAAAUCAAUUAAUAAAAAUUAGAGAAGAAUUAAAUAAUCCACCAAAGACUUCUAUUAUACAAGAUUUUCAACUAUUUAUUAAUGAUGUUCCAAUUAUUCCAUUAGAAAAAAAACCAAAAUUCAACAAAUGGAAACAAAAUGCCAUCACUGUAGCUUCUGAAAACGGACCAGGACAGAAGUUAAAUCAAUUCAAUUGCCCUUAUGGGAUCUUUAUUGAUAAAAAGAAAAAUAUUUUCAUUGCUGAUUAUCUGAAUCAUCGUAUUGUUGAAUGGAAAUGUAAUGCAAAGGAAGGAAAAGUUGUUGCAGGUGGCAAUAAAGAAGGUAAUCGAAUAGAUCAAUCAAAUUGUCCAACAGAUGUGAUUGUUGAUCAACAAACUCAUUCAAUUAUCAUUGCUGAUCAAGGAAACAGACGAGUGAUUCAAUGGGUGAAUCAAAAUCAACAAAUUCUCAUUCACAAUAUUGACUGUUUUGGCUUAGCAAUGGACAAACAUGGAUUUCUUUAUGUUUCUGAUUAUAAGAAGAAUGAAGGAGACGAUGGAAAAUGA